GGAGGAGGAGGAGGAGGAGAAGGAGGAGAAGGAGGAGAAGGAGGCCCCUGGGUCCCGCGCGGGCCAUGCCGGCCAGGAACAAGGCCAAGCCGGCCUGCAGCUGCCCCGACCUGCCCGCGCCCCGCCUGCAAGACCCCGACGUCCGGGGCGAGGGCCAGGCCGGGCGGCCCGACGGGCCGGACUCCGAGGAGGCGGAGGCGGCGGCGGCGGCGGCGACGGCGGCGGCGGGGGGGACGGGGAGAGGAGCGGCCCCGCGGGACGCCGCCCCCGGCGCCGGGGACCCCCGCAUCGUCAAGUCCCCCAGCGACCCCAAGCGCUACCGACACAUCAAGUUGCGGAACGGCCUGCAGGCCCUCUUGAUCUCGGACCUGAGCAACUCAGAGGGUAAAACCGAGGAGUCGGACGACGACGACGACGACGACGAGGAGGAGGAUGAGGAUGAAGAUUCGGGAGCGGAGAUCGAAGACGACGACGAGGAAGGCUUCGACGACGACGACGACUUUGACGACGACGACGACGACAUCGACGCCGAGGACAACGAGCUGGAUGAGUUAGAAGAAAGAGCCGAGGCGAGGAAGAAGGCCACAGAGAAGCAGUCCGCCUUCCGUCCCCUGUCUGUUUCUUCCUCUUCUCUCAGGUCACAAUCUGUUCAGCCAAUGGACACAAAAUGGCAAGAGAAGGGGCAGCAGGUUGAAACGGUCCUGUCGGCGGCCGCCCUCUGUGUCGGAGUGGGAAGCUUUGCCGAUCCCGAUGACCUCCCCGGCCUGGCUCACUUUCUGGAACACAUGGUUUUCAUGGGCAGCCUGAAGUACCCGGAUGAGAACGGGUUUGAUGCUUUCCUGAAGAAACACGGGGGGAGCGAUAACGCCUCCACCGACUGCGAACGCACGGUCUUCCAGUUCGACGUCCAGAGGAGAUACUUCAAAGAAGCCCUCGACAGGUGGGCCCAGUUCUUCAUCCACCCCCUGAUGAUCAGAGAUGCCAUCGAUCGGGAGGUCGAAGCCGUGGACAGUGAAUAUCAGCUCGCGAGACCUUCUGACGCCAACAGGAAAGAGAUGUUGUUUGGAAGUCUGGCGAGGCCCGGGCAUCCCAUGGGCAAGUUCUUCUGGGGGAACGCCGAGACGCUCAAGCACGAGCCCAGGGCGAAGAACAUCGACACGUACACCAGGCUGCGGGAGUUCUGGCAGCACUACUAUUCUGCUCACUACAUGACCCUGGUCGUCCAGUCGAAAGAAACCCUCGACACGUUGGAAGAGUGGGUGACCGAAAUCUUCUCUCAGAUCCCGAACAACGGGCUACCCCAGCCGACCUUCGGCCACCUAACGGAGCCCUUCGACACGCCGGCGUUCAAUAAGCUCUACAGAGUUGUCCCCAUUCGGAAGGUUCACGCGCUGACCGUCACGUGGGCGCUGCCCCCUCAGCAGCAGCAUUACAGGGUGAAGCCCCUUCACUAUAUCUCCUGGCUGGUUGGCCACGAAGGCAGAGGAAGCAUCCUCUCUUUUCUCAGGAAGAAGUGCUGGGCCCUGGCGCUCUUCGGGGGCAACGGGGAGACCGGAUUCGAGCAGAAUUCCACGUACUCGGUGUUCAGCAUUUCCGUGACCCUGACCGACGAGGGCUACGAGCACUUCUAUGAGGUCGUGCACACCGUGUUCCAGUACUUGAAGAUGCUGCAGGGAUUUGGGCCGGAGAAAAGGAUCUUUGAAGAGAUUCAGAAGAUUGAGGAUAAUGAAUUUCAUUAUCAGGAACAGACCGAUCCAGUCGAAUACGUGGAGAACAUGUGCGAGAACAUGCAGCUCUACCCACCGCAAGACUUUCUCACGGGGGACCAGCUGCUCUUCGAGUACAAACCCGAAGUCAUCGUCGACGCGCUCGCCCACCUCACCCCGCAGAAGGCCAACCUGGUCCUCUUGUCCGCGGCCAACGAGGGAAAGUGUGACCACAGCGAGCGCUGGUUUGGGACUCGGUACAGCGUGGAAGAAAUCGAACGGUCUUGGCGGGAGCUGUGGGACAGCGACUUCAAGCUCAAUCCGGAGUUGCACCUCCCAGCCGAAAACAAAUAUAUAGCCACGGACUUCGCUCUAAAAACCCCCGACUGUCCCGAGGCGGAAUAUCCCGUGAAGAUCGAGAGCACACCCCGGGGCUGCCUGUGGUACAAGAAGGAUAACAAAUUCAAAAUCCCCAAAGCCUACAUCCGCUUCCACCUGAUCUCCCCCCUGGUCCAGCAGUCUGCCGAAAAAGUGGUCCUCUUCGACAUCUUCGUCAACAUCCUCACCCACAACCUGGCCGAGCCGGCCUACGAGGCCGACGUGGCCCAGCUGGAGUACAAGCUGGUGGCCGGAGAGCACGGCCUGAUCAUCCGAGUCAAGGGAUUCAACCACAAGCUACCUCUCCUGUUUCAGCUCAUCGUGGACUACCUGGCCGACUUCGGCUCCACCCCCGAGGUGUUCGGGAUGAUCACGGAGCAGCUGAAGAAGACCUACUUCAACAUCCUCAUCAAACCGGAGACCCUGGCCAAAGACGUGCGGCUCCUCAUCCUGGAGCAGGCGCGCUGGUCCAUGAUGGACAAGUACCAGGCGCUGACGCGGGGGCUCUCCCUGGACGCGCUGCUCGCCUUCGCCGAGGACUUCAAGUCCCGCUUCUUCGUCGAGGGCCUGGCGCAGGGCAACCUCACCGGCCGAGAGUCGACGGACUUCAUGAGAUACGUCGUCGACAAGCUGCGGUUCCGGCCCCUGGAGCGGGAGAUCCCCGUCCAGUUCCGGGUGGUGGAGCUGCCCAACUCCCACCACCUCUGCAAAGUGAGGACCCUCAACAAGGGCGACGCCAACUCGGAGGUCACCGUGUACUACCAGUCGGGGGCCCGGGACCUGCGGGAGUACACCCUCAUGGAGCUGCUGGUGAUGCACAUGGAGGAGCCGUGCUUCGACUUCCUGCGGACCAAGCAGACGCUCGGCUAUCACGUGUACCCCACCUGCAGGAACACGUCGGGCAUCCUGGGCUUCUCCGUCACCGUGGGCACCCAGGCCACCAAGUACAACUCGGAGACGGUAGACGAGAAGAUCGAAGAGUUUCUGUCGUGUUUCGAGGAGAGGAUGGAGAACUUGACGGAGGACGCGUUCAACGCUCAGGUCACGGCCCUGAUCAAGCUGAAGGAGUGCGAGGACACGCACCUGGGAGAGGAGGUGGACCGCAACUGGAACGAGGUGGUGACCCAGCAGUACCUCUUCGACAGGCUGGCCCACGAGAUCGAAGCCCUCAAGUCCUUCACCAAGUCGGACCUGGUGAGCUGGUUCGGGGAGCACCGAGGCGGCCGCGGGCGAGUGCUCAGCGUGCACGUGGUCGGGUUCGGCAGACACGAGACGGAGGGCGAGGGCGCGGCGGCGGCGGCGGCCUCCCCGGGCCCGGCCUCUUCCUACAGCGAGAUGACGCACCUGACGUACCUCCCCACCUCCCCGGUCCUCGCCGACUCCACCGUCCCCAUCGCCGACAUCAGGGCCUUCACGGCGACGCUCGCUCUGCUCCCCUACCAUAAAAUAGUGAAAUAAACGGCGGCCCGCGGGCCCGACCCACUCAGCUCC